AUGAUUAGCCCAAAUAAGCUCAUCAAAUUAGCAAGAAAGUGGCAAAGGACAACUGCCAUAAGGAGGAAAAGAAUUUCUUUUCCUCGGAUCUGUAGCAACCAGAAUGCAGAUUGUUCUACUACAUCAUCAAUUGGUAAAGGAAAUUUUGUUAUCUACACCAAUGAUCAUAAGCGAUUUACUAUUCCUAUAGCAUAUCUCAACAAUAAUAUCAUCAAAGAGCUACUUAAGAUGUCUGAAGAAGUGUUUGGGCUACCAAGUGGAGGUCCUAUUGAAUUGCCAUGUGAUGCUGUGUUCAUGGAGUAUAUGGUUUCACUCAUCAAAAGGGGUUUAUCUAAAGACAUAGAGAAAGCUUUGCUUAUGUCCAUAGAAAGCAAUUGCUGCUCAUUGUCUGUUGGUUUCCAUCAAGGACAUACAGGCCAACAAUUGCUCAUUUCUGCCUAUUAAAAUAGUUCAAUUUUGUAAAUAAUUCUUACUACUGUGAUCUAUGUGUCAUAUCAUUCAACAAUCCACAAUGUAAAUUUGAUCAUCUGCAGUGAAACAACAUCAGUGACUAAAAUGAUUAUAUUACA